AUGGCCCGCAGGUACGGAAACCAACCUCAGGAGUCAUCACGAGAUGCAUUGGCACGCAUUAUGCGCACCACACCUACCUCUACCCCCACCCCUCGGUUCGCACCGGACAGAGGGCGGGCGCGAUACGGACGCACUCUCGCCAACCUUAUGGAGCAAAUGGAAAGUCAAGAACGCCGUCGCCCACCGGCACCGCCCCCAAAACCAACCAUAGCUCGCCCGACACCGCCUCCCAAACCGCCCAGAGAUCUCAUUACUCAGCGAUUGGCCGAACCAUACAGAGAACCGACAUCUGAAUUAGCUCCGGGAGAUGAGCACCUGGCCCUACAUGGGGCUAUUGGCGGAGUGCCCGCAGUGGGUCACUACUACAAUCCUCUAGGUGCGGAGUAUAGCUACCCGACCCCACCCGUCACACCGAUUACCGGUGGCCGCCGUCGCCGGCCAACACCGCCCCCAAAACCACCCAAUCUUCGCCCGACACCGCCCAGAGAUCUCAUUACUCAGCGAUUGGCCCAACCAUACAGAGAACCGACCCCUGAAUUAGCUCCGGGAGAUGAGGAUCUGGCCCAGUAUGGGGCUGUAGGCGAAGUGCCCGCAGUGGGUCACUACUACGGUCCCACCGGUGCGGAGUAUGCUUACCCGACCCCACUCAGCACUAGGGUCGCCGGUGGCCCCCGUCGCCUCCCGACACCGCCCGCCAAACCGCUCAGAAGUCCGCCGACACCGCCCCCCAAACUAAAAGGGGCUGUUGGGGGAGGACUGCGUACAGUGGGUGAGGAAUACGUGCCCACCGGUGCGACACCAAAGAUGCGAGAAAGUCAAAAGCCUUGGCCGCAGCUGAGGGGUCGCUACGAGUUCGCGCCCGACACCUACCAGAGCGCGCGUACGGGCGACACGACGUCCGGUGAGCUGAACGUGAGCAGCGCUGAGUGGUCGGCCGGUGGCUUAGGGCGUCUGGCAUCGUAUGUAACCGCCCGCAACAAAGUGGCCCGACUCCAGGCUAAGACCAAACGGGAUUUGCGUAAACUACUAAGUAAGGGCUUUGACGUGGCCUACAUCAACGCUCAGUCACUGGGCCGGGGUGCGUUUGGCGAAGUGUUCCGGGGUGGUUAUACCGAUCAGAUCGAGGUGACGAAGCGCACCCCACAGGGUCGCCACCUGAGCGAUGUCAAGUCGGGCGACCAGUUCGCGGCUAAGUAUGUCCAGUUCCCGCGCGAUAGAGUGGCCAGCGAUCAUCUCAACUAUUUCAUCGAGAAAUGUAUAUUGAAAUCACUACAACACGAAAACAUUGUCACCUACAGAGUGGCCAUCAAUUUAGGCCGAAAAGUGAUACUUCGCAGCGUAUCGGGUGACCCGUCGCGAGACAUUGUCUCCUAUAGGCGCGCCUUUUUGGUCAUGGAUUGCGCCGACCAAGGUACUCUCAAACAUUUUGGCGAUGGUGGUCGUCUCAACGAUCAGUUGACGCUGCAAUUUACCCGCCAGUUGUGCGCAGCCAUGGCUUAUAUGCACGGCAAGGGUGUCAGUCACGGGGACGUUCACAUCUGGAACAUACUGGUGUUCAGCGCACCCGGCGGUAGGUAUACCGCCAAAUGGGCCGACUUUGGUUUUGCGGUGUCCCGAGACGUGUUCGCCCGGUGGGGACAGGAGCUGACGCCCAGAGUGAUGUACAAACGGGCCAAAGCCGAUGCCAAAUUUCUGCGAUCGGUGACCAAGUACAUGUUGGCCACGUGCGCGAAGAAUCCAGGUAAUGUUGGCGCCGACUUGAGUGAGGUCAGGGCAUUGGACGCGGAAUUGUUGAGUUCAAAGGAGUUGUUGACUCAAAUGAUGCCCAAAUACAAUAUGUUUCAGUAG